AUGAGCAACACAUUCUUCUCCUAUGGCUUGAUAGCUAUUCCCUUUGUCUCUGUCGUCAUCAUCAUGGCCAUUCGUGCCCUUUACCCCAAGCCUUACCCAGAUAUUCCUCACAACAAGGACUCUGCCAAUCGCGUGUCCGGCGAUAUCCCCGAUCUGGUUCCCCUCAUCACUGCGACCAAUGAGUUUUCCAACUCCAUCUUCAGGAUCACCACCCAGAAGCUGGGCACACCCAUUGCACAGUUUCUUUUUCCUGGCAUCCGCAAGCCCCUGAUUGUUCUUGAGGACCCACGAGAGAUCGAGGAUCUGUUGCUUCGUCGCAAUAAGGAAUUUGACAAGGCGCCGAUGGCCCUGGACAUUUUCCAGCCCAUGUUCCCCAAGGCCUCCCUCGCCCAGUACACAACGCCAGAGCUCAAAGCUCAGAAGCGCCUAUGGGCCGACGUUAUGACGGCCGAGUUCCUGCACAAGGCCACGGCACCGAGGAUUCAUAAAGCUACACUUGAGCUGGUCGAGCUUUGGCGUCUUAGGAUCUCCGUCUCCAACGACAAGCCAUUCGCUGUCGACGAGGAUCUCCAGAACACCACUCUCGAUGCUAUCUGGGUGUCCAUCCUAGGAGAUGAAGCAGGAAUCAUUGACCACUCCAUCAAAAAAUUACGGAACAAGAUCGGCGGCUCUAUACCCUUUGACGCAACGCCGCCACGAGGUGGCUUCCUCAGAGAUGAGGUGCGGUACAUCUCCGAUACUAUUGCACGCAUCUCUAACACCCCUUCUCCGAAAUGGGCUGGAAAAUUCGAGACGUAUACGCCCCGGUAUCAGAGAUUCCGUUCCACAGUCACCAGAGAGAUUAGCCUGCUUAUGGCGGCCGCUAUCAAACGAUUCCAGGGUCUCGACGUGGAGACUUUGAACAGUGGUGAUACUGACCGAUGUAUGCUGGACCUGGUACUUCGUCGUCUUGUUCUCCAGUCCAGGAAGAACAACAAUGCCCCUCUGCCUGAUCCGACCAAAGACCAGAAUAUGCUUGACGAGCUUUUCAUUAUGCUGGUUGGGGGCCACGACUCGACUGCCAAUUCUCUGUGUUGGUUUGUCCGGUUCAUGGAAGCUUAUCCAACCGUCCAGAGUGAACUGCGCACCGUCCUUCGAGCCGCAUUCCCCGGCCCCGAGCCCCCUUCUGCCCAAGCUAUCAUAGAAACGAAUGUCCCUUAUCUCGACGCUGUGGUUGAAGAAGGAUUCCGUCUUGCAGGUGCAGCCAAGGGGAAUCUGCGUCAAGCCGUCGUGGACACUUCAAUUCUAGGCUACCACAUUCCCAAAGGUGCUGAGAUCUUUAUGAACUAUCAUAUUACGCGACCGCCAGUUCCCGUGGAUGAAGCGAAGCGCUCGGGCAGCUGUCAGGCUGCUGCCGACAAGCAUGGGGACGGUUUACGUGGACGUGCUGGGUACGAUCUCGAUAAGUUCGAACCAAGAAGAUACUUGGUCAAGGAUAUAGAUACAGGGAAGGAGACGUUCAAUCAUUAUGCUAUCCCGUCCCUGGCGUUCGGUGGCGGAUACAGAGGCUGUGCUGGCCGCAAACUUGCAACAUUAGAAUUUCGUAUCUUCGUGUCGCUUCUUAUUCUCAAUCUAGAGUUCACUGACCUGCCGGAGGAAAUGAGGAGCAUGGCUGCUACAGAGAAGAUCUUUAGGCAGCCUGAUAUGCCCUUCGCCAGACUGAAGGUCCUCUAG